AUAAUAUGUUUAAUUAAGUAAUAGCCCAAACCUUUAAUCCUAAAUUGAUCACUUAACUUUUUUCUUUUUUUUUUUUUUUUUUUUGUGCAAAUAGCACUACACUUUUAAAAAUUAAAUGAAGAAGGCGAAUUAAGUAGUGCAAUUUUUUUCGCCUUCAAAAAAAAAAAAAAGAUAUUUACCGUUUUGACACGGCUACAAAUGUGAAUCAGCGGAUGAAGAGGAAAAGAAAUACGAAAAGGGAAAAAUGAGCAACAGAAAGAAGUGUUCGGCGGCGACGGCAGUGGGGAGCGAUGAGGUGGAGCAGUUGUUGCAAUCAGCGCAGGACGAGGUGCUCUUAAAACUUUCUGUUGACAGCCAUAUGUCCCGCGUGGCCCCCGAUUAUCUCGAUCCCGAUCUCCACCGUCGAUUCCAGGCCCUCCGUUCCCGACCUUCCUCUUCUCAAUCAAAAUCACAUUCACUACAGCAAAAACAAUCAUCAGCAGCUCAGCCAUCGAAACCACGACAAGAACAAAAAGAAGAAGAGAAAAAGGAGCGGAUAUCGAAGGUUGCGGUCGUCGAUAAUGUUGACGAGGAAUUGAGGGGUGUGUUGGGUGAUGAUCUCUCCGCUAGAUUCGCUGCUCUCAAGGCUUCCUUGUCUUCCUCUUCUAAUCCUACUCCUGUUGCUGCCUCGACUACUAAUGAAGUUCGUAUCGGUCUCGAAAAAUCCAACGGCGACUAUGAUGAGGAAGAUGAAGUUGAGAAAGUGAUCCAAUGGGCCAUAGAUGCUGCUCGCCUUGAUCCUUCUCCUCCCUCUGAUGAUGACAAUGAUCAAAUCGAUUCCGAUUCCGAUGAUAAUGAUAGUGACGAUGACGAUGAUCCCAAACAUAAAAACAAGGAACCCAAAAGUAGGAAAUGACAGUCUCCUUAAAGCAGCCCUGCAGCAUUCUUCCGAAGCCAACUUUAUCCUCAGAUUGUAGGCAGGAAGUGAAUACUCUCAGCAGAUUUGUUUAUUAUCCGCCUGCUGGUAGCCAUAAAUCUUCAUGUAAUGUCACCCUGCAUAGUUAUACUUCAUAGUUAAUCUCUACCUUUCAUUUUUCAAACUUGUCAUUAUUCUUUUUGCCACUGGGUAUUGUCUUGUUGUUGUAAAGGGCACAGCAGAUAGGUUUUCUCGAAACAUUAUUCAUGAAUAAAAAGCCACAGUUGCAUAUUUGCAGUUGAGUGCCCUGUAA